AUGAGCACUUCAAGGCUCCCUGUGUUUGACACAUCCCCCCGCCACCGCCACCCGCCCCAGGUGUCCCUGCAGGCUUACUUUGCCACCGAGGCCUUGGCCAAGGCCACCUCUGAGCGCAUGUUCCACUGGCUGGUCCUGAGCAUCAAGAAGGCUCUGGACAAGACCAAGAGGCAGGAUAUCUCAUUCAUAGGGAUCCUGGACAUCACUGGCUUCAAGAUCUUUGAUAUGAGCUUCUCUCCCUUGAGCCCCCUCCUACCUCCCAAGCCUCUGGGGCUGCCUUUUCCAGACAUCCCUGAAUAUCUGCAGGUGAGGGUUGGGGAAUUGUCGGGAGUGUGGCACAGCCCCCUGGGUGAGGGCCACACCUGUAGGCAUUGUUGGCUUUGUUACUGCCAAAGUAAUGGGCAGCGAGUGGCAGAGCUGACUUCACACCACCUGGCACACAGCCUCCAGUGGCUGGAUCCCAGGGCCUGGACCUAA